AUGUCUCGCCGCAAGCAAGGCAAACCUCAGCACUUAAGUAAACGGGAUUUCUCGCCAGCCGACCCCCUUUCCACGGCAGUCGUCUCCUCGGAGGAGUUGUCGGAGCGUUGCUCGGAGCACUCGGAGGGGAGCGGCAGUCUCAACGGCCACCGCCCAGGCUCUACCUUAGGCCGGCUAUCGCGGCUGGGUCAUGACCCUCACCAUUCAUCGGAACAGGACCUGCUGACCUGCGGCCAGUGCCAGGCCACGUUCCCCUUGGCGGACAUCCUGCUCUUUAUCGAGCACAAGAGGAAGCGAUGUCACGGUCCUCCGUGUCUGACGGUGGGCCGAGGACUGGACAAGCCUCCCUCCCCUUCCCCGGGCCUAGCUCUGACCCCGUCUCCCGCCUUGAGCUCCCUGCGCAGCCGAAGGCCCGUGGAGGUCGGCAUCCAGGCCACGCUGGCGGAUGACGACGACGAUCGCUUCUCGUCACCUCGGGGAAUCUUCCCCAAACAGGAGCUCCUCCCAGGCAAAGAAGAACCGACAACCUACACGUGCACUACAUGCAAACAGUCAUAUGGCAGUGCCUGGUUCCUGCUGCAGCACGCCCAGAACUCCCACGGUUUUCGUAUCUACCUGGAGAGUGAACACGGAAGUCCUCUCACCCCACGAAUGGGUGGACCUUCAGUCCUGGGUGGGGGCGCAGAUUGCCCUUCUCAUCCUCCCCUUCACGGUCUCCAUCUGCCACCUGAUGCAAGCCCUUUCAAUCUCCUCCGAAUCCCCGGCUCGGGCUCAGGAGGAAGGGACAGUGUGGGAGCAGGAAGUACACUGGGGGUUGGCGGUGGGCUCCAUCAUCAGCGUUUUCCUCCCACGCCACCUAUCUUCAGCCCCCCUCCCAGGAACCAUCUGGACCCCCACCACCUGAGCCCGGAGGAACUGGCGCUGGCAGCCCACCACCCGAGUGCCUUUGACAGGGUGCUGCGCCUCAAUCCUCCCCUUCCCAUGGAGCCCCCUCCAACAAUGGACUUCUCACGGCGGCUACGGGAGCUGGCGGGUAACACCUCAGGAUCCACUCCCCCUCUAUCACCCAGCCGGCCUGGCCCCAUGCAGCGCUUACUCCAGCCAUUCCAGACAACAAUGGGAAGCAUAGGCUCAGGAGGUGGAGGUGGCAACAAAACUCCAUACCUUGCAACUCCACCUCCUCUGUCAGGCUCCAUGCAGUCCCCAGUGGGCUCUCAGACCACUCCUCCCACUCCCCUUCCCACUGCAGGUGCAACACCCUCGACCAACACUCCCCUGAAAUCAAAGUGUUGUGAGUUUUGUGGCAAAGCGUUCAAGUUUCAAAGUAAUCUAAUAGUGCACCGGCGCAGCCACACGGGAGAAAAGCCGUACAAAUGCCAUUUGUGUGACCAUGCCUGCACACAGGCGAGUAAAUUGAAGCGCCAUAUGAAAACUCACAUGCACAAAUCCUCCUCGCCAAACACAGGCAAAUCUGAAGAUGGACUUUCGACCGCCUCCUCUCCAGAGCCUGGCACUAGUGAACACAUAGGCAGUGCGAGUAAUGCCCUUAAGUCAGUGGUGGCCAAGCUGAAAUGUGAAAAUAACAGAAUGCUACGCGAGAACGGAGAGGAAGAGGAGGAAGAGGAGGAAGAAGAAGAGGAGGAAGAGGAAGAGGAGGAGGAAGAAGAAGAAGAAGGAGAGGAGGAAGAAAUGCAGAAUGGUGAGAGGGCAGCAAGGCGAAAUAACAGCUACCACUUUGGCUUGAACCUUGAAGCCCCACGUCAGCAUGAAAACAACGGCGGUAUCGGAACCCGACUGGGAGGAAUGACUGAUGAGGGGUCCAUUCCACGUUCGCUCCCUGAAGUCAUGCAGGGAAUGGGUCUUGCCGCGAGCAUGCAACAUUUCAGCGAAGCCCUCAAUGCACACAAAAGGAACGCAAUCGCCCAGGAGAACCACCUCCAGAACCACCUUAACAGAGGACACCCGCAAAAUCGGGAGAUGUGUGAUUCUAACUCAGUACCAGAAACAAAUCGUGGCGAGGAGGGCUCGCUCUCAACCGUCAAUGGACGUGGAGCAUCUCCUAAUGAAUCUGCCUCUGUCUGCCUUUCAAAAAAACUUCUUUUGGGUAGCCCAAGUCCGCUAAGUCCUUUUUCCAAACGCAUCAAGCUGGAAAAAGAAUUUGACCUCCCCACUCCCACAAUCCCAAACACGGAGAACGUCUAUUCACAGUGGCUUGCUGGCUACGCUGCUUCUCGACAGCUCAAGGAUCCUUUUCUGAACUUUGGAGAUUCAAGACAAUCGCCCUUCGCCUCUUCAUCCGAGCAUUCCUCAGAGAAUGGCAGUCUGCGAUUCUCAACUCCCCCGGGGGAACUCGAAUGCGGGAUGUCAGGUCGCAGCGGUACAGGAAGCGGGGGAAGCACACCUCAUCUCGGCGGUCCCGGCCGGCCUAGCUCCAAGGACGGUCGAAGGAGUGACACUUGUGAAUACUGUGGCAAGGUAUUCAAGAACUGUAGUAAUCUGACUGUGCACCGGCGCAGCCAUACGGGGGAAAGGCCAUACAAGUGUGAGCUGUGCAAUUACGCUUGUGCCCAGAGCUCCAAACUUACUCGUCACAUGAAGACCCAUGGUCAGGUGGGGAAGGAUGUGUACAAGUGUGAAAUCUGUCAGAUGCCCUUCAGUGUCUAUAGCACCUUGGAGAAACACAUGAAAAAAUGGCACAGUGACCGUCCGUUGAGUACCGAAAUAAAGUCAGAGUAG